CUUGUGAGCUGUUCCGCGGUACUGAUUAACGAUUACCACUGGCACCCUCCCACUAGACUAACACUGCCACACCUAGGUACCUACGUUCGUUGACAUACGAGGGUUAACUUCAAGGCUAAUACAAGGAGACUUGAGAACCGACCAUAGCCAGCCCUGAGCGGAGCUUCCAUGCCUGCUGCCGCCAACACUGGUAUCGCUCCACUUCUUUUUGGUCUGUCUUCUGCCAACUAUCAUAAUGUCUCAUCAUCAAGUUGUUGAACUUGAUGAUGAGGACGACGACUUUGACAUUCUGGAAGAGAUAGUCCGAAAGAGGGCCUCCAAUGUAGAGAUGACUUCCAUCAACAAGAAAACCAACCGGCAACCAGAGAAGAGUGACAGUCAUACAAUGUCUACGUGGCAAGAUGUUACCCAGAUGAGACCGGCAAUGGGAGUACCAGUAUUCCCAGCAACACUACGAGAAGAGCGCUCUCCUUUUCCAGUAACACCAGAUAUGGAAUUCACAGGUCCUGGCGCCUUUGCCGUGAACGGAAUUUCAGCCAAUCGGGAUGACAUAAUUGAAGAGGCUGUGGAUCAAGAACCCGUUGAUGCUCUGGCGACAGCAACACAAAUUCCAGAACAUGAAAAUAUUGAGGAUUCCAGCCUCUUGGAGAAUACUGGUACAGACACAACAGUUCCCAACCAUAGAUCCAUGAAAUACUGGAGGCAAAGGUUGCUUUUUGUCCUUUCAUUGGAAGCCAAUGUUGUUUUACUCUCAGUUGUUGUGACACUGCUUGUAAUUAUGGCAGUUUCGCUCAGAGGACACGACAACAGUGACACAAGUCAAUCAACAGACACCAAAGUUCCUUCAAAAUUUCCAGGAUUGGCAGCAAUGCCAACAAUGGAACCACCAAAUUUCCUGGAUUCACUCCAUUUACCUGAUUACACACUGGAAGCUUUGGAAAACCCCAGGAGUCCUCAGUCCAAAGCAUAUGAAUGGCUGAUCAGCAACAUCAACAAUAAAACUUCUACCCUAAACAAUCUACCAAAAUGGAGACUAAAGCAGAGGUUUUCUUUGGCCACAUUCUACUACUCUACAAGAGGGGGCUUUUGGGUGAAGAAUGGUGGAUGGUUGGAGUGGGAGACUAAUGAAUGUGACUGGGAACAACUCUACAGGCACCAAGAGAGCUCUCCAGAAGUGAACUGCAAUGAGAUGGGAGAAAUCAAGGCACUGGUCUUUUGCAUCGCCAAUAACAUGGAUGGAACUAUUCCACCUGAGAUAUCUUUUCUUGGCAAGAGCUUGCAGCUUUUGUAUCUAUGUCGGCAACAGCAACUCAGGGGAUCUAUACCAACAGCCCUUGGAGAGCUGACACAAUUAAAUGAGUUGGCAUUGACAGCAACAGGCAUUUCUGGCACAAUUCCGAGAGAGCUCGGUCUUAUGACGAAUCUUGGGCAACUCAAACUCAUUCAAAACAAUUUAUUGGGGUCUAUUCCGUCUGAGCUUGGCAAAUUGUACAACAUGACAAUUUUCAGAUUGUCCGAGGCAGAGCUAACAGGGUCCAUCCCUACCGAAUUCUACCAGUGGCACAAGCUAGAAAUCCUAGGCGUGAUGGAAUGUCCCAAACUGAACACAGAGUUGGUUCUUUCGGAAAUUGCUGAGAGUAUUCAACAAGUGCAAUCCAUUAUGCUCAUCCAAAGAGCACACGGGGACAAGAUGGCAAUUCCAUCUCAUCUUGACAAAUUGACCAAACUAUCUGAUCUGGCUUUGAACGAUUGGAAUAUCUCGGGCACAAUACCAAGCAACUUUGGGGAUCUGACAGAGUUGAUUUUGCUGGACCUGGAAAAUAAUUCCAUAUCUGGGACUUUUCCACAGGUGUUGUUCAAGUUGACCAAUAUGGUUCAUUUAAAUCUUGGUUCCAACAGGCUGGAGGGCAAGCUCCCAUUGAAGAUCUUUGCACAGCUCACACAUUUGCGACACUUGUCCCUUGGGGACAAUCAGUUCUCCGGCACAAUCCCAACCGAAGUUGGCCUACUGUCAAGCCUGAUGAAGCUGGAUAUACAGAACACUGAGCUUUCUGGCACACUUCCUACAGAACUGCUUCAGUUGGAAAACUUGACAAGCUUUGUAGUUACAAACACAUCCUUACGGGGUAGCAUUCCUGAAUCCCUGUGUGACAGAAUGCACCAGCAAAUAUCUGGGUAUUUUGGUGGAGGGAAGUUUCAUCAAAAGAUUGAAGGUCCAAUAUGCCAGGGAACUUUGCUCUGUGGAUGUGACUGUGAUCCGUGUCCUGUAGACUAGCCAUAGCUAUCUAGCUAGCUAUAGCUAGACUAGCUAGACUAAUUCUUCUUUUUAAAAUUGUGGGAAAGCC